GUGUGAGCGGUGAACACAUGACGCAGGCAGAAAGAGGCGUGACGCUGCCCCGUGGACGCUUCCAUCAUUUUCCACCCGCAAACCGAACGAAAUGUACGACAUUUCGAAAAGAUGCACAUCGGUGAUUGUUUUCAUCACUUCCAUAUAGCAACACCUCAUUCGACAUCUUCACUCCACCGCCGCACAAAUGCUGCGGGGUCGUGAACAGUCGCGUGUCUAAUGGUUCGCUCCACCUGCAGUCUAUAAGCUCUUGCAAAGCUCGUUAAGUUUCUCAGUUUAACCUCUGACUCAGUGCUAACAUGAGCCACGGAGACCGUUACACGGCGUCAUCCUACCGGAAGAUUUUCGGCGAUUCUCCGAGGUUUUCCGUCUCCUCCUCCCGUAUGAGCAGCUCCGCUCCUCGGGGCUCCCCGGGGCUCCGGUCCGCGGCCGCGUCCCGUAGCAGCGCGUCCUCCUUGAACGUGUACAGGCGGGUCGGCCGGUCCUCCACCUCUUUCUCUCCGGUACCCAUCGACUCCCUCGACUUGACCCAGACCUCCGUGGUCAACAAUGAGUUCAAAGUCAUUAGAACUAAUGAGAAGGAGCAGCUGCAGGGUCUGAAUGACCGCUUCGCCAUGUUCAUUGAUAAAGUACGGCACCUGGAGCAGCAAAAUAAAAUGCUGGAGAUGGAACUGGUGACAUUGCGACAGAGGCAGAGCGAGCCGUCCCGCGCCAGCCUUCUUUACCAGCAGGAGAUGAGGGACCUGCGAUCACAGGUUGAGGACCUGAACAGGGACAAGAACCGCAUCCUGAUCGAGAGAAACAACAUGGAGGACGAGCUGCAGAAGCUCAAUGUUAAGUGUGAUGAGGAGAUGAGGGCACGGGAGGAAGCCGAGCAGACACUGAGGUCCUUCAGGAAGGAUGUGGAUGACGCCGCAGCUGUUCGCCUGGACCUGGAGCGCCGUGUGGAGUCGCUGAUGGACGAAAUCUCCUUCCUGAGGAAAGUGCACGAUGAGGAAAUCCAGGAGCUGAGCAGCAUGAUGGAAGCGCAGCAGGUCUCCGUGGAGCUCGAGCUCGCUAAACCGGACCUCACCUCGGCACUGAAGGAGAUCCGCAACCAAUACGAGUCCAUCGCCUCCAAAAACCUGCAGUCUGCUGAGGAGUGGUACAAGAGCAAGUUUGCCAGCCUCAGCGAACAGGCCACCAGGAGUAACGAGGCCAUGAGGGCCAGCAGGGAGGAGAUCAGUGAGUUCAGGAGGCAGCUGCAGUCCAAGACCAUUGAGAUAGAGACCCUGAGGGGUGCCAACGAGUCUCUGGAGAGGCAGAUCACAGAGAUGGAGGAUGUACACAGCGCUGAAGUCACAGCCAUGCAGGACACUAUAGGCCACCUGGAUACUGAGCUGAGGAACCUGAAGGGUGAGAUGGCCCAGCACCUGAGAGAGUAUCAGGAUCUGCUCAAUGUCAAGAUGGCCCUGGACAUAGAGAUAGCUGCAUACAGGAAACUGCUGGAGGGGGAAGAGACUCACUUUAACUCAGGGAUGUCGUUUGGUGCUGCCAGCUACAGCUACCAGCCUCAGCCUCGAGCCUCAGCCAGCUCCUCCAGGAGCAGCCAGAGGGACAAAGAAGGGGCCACAAAGGAAAGCUUCAAGGAGAGCAGUGAGGAUAAAGACGAGGCAGACAUCAACUCCAACAACUGAAGAAAGUCAGACAGGGAAAUGUGAGGAGAUAUACUGUGUAUGUAUAGUGAGGUCAUAGACACAUACUGUUUUCAGUAAAGGCAACAGUAAGACAUUUGUUUUGCAAUUAGAUCUGACAGUCAUUAUCUUGGAAUUUAAUGUUUUUCCGCAGACCAUAGGUCUCAAUGUUUAGAUAAUCUUUGGAGAGUCUAUCAAAUUCUGCAAAGAAAGAUUUGUCAGUGUUACUAAGUCGUAAAUCUGCAACAUUAAACAAAGGAAAGCAAACCUGAAAAUCUAGGCCACGUGUCCUCUACAUCUCCAGAGCAGAUAAACGUGUUACAAAUGUCGUACCUCAGCGAUCGUGCGAUUAAGUAUCGAAUGUUCCCAGAAUGAGCUUCCGUUUUGCUGCUGUGUAAGACUGCAGUGAAACCUGUGUGACAGGUGAAAAAAAGAGAACUGUUCAGACAGAGACCACAUUUCUUGAGAGAAAAACAUUCUAGCAUAGUUUAACCUCUGCGCUGAGGCCGCAUGUCGUCAGUGGCCUCCAGGUCUGUUUAAAGCACUGUACACACAGAGGAUGUAUAAAGGACGACGUGGCUGUAUUUUGUUUUACAAUGUAACAAAGUGUAGACCAUUUCCCUCUUGCUAACAUAGUCAGAGACAGUACUGUUCCGUGUUGUAGAAAGCUAUAGCGGCAUAAAGAAUCGCCAUCAUGCUGUAUUACAGUGUACACAGUGCAUCCAACAGUACAUGUAGUCCAGCUGUCAGCACACAUCAGUUCACCUGGCUGCAGUCUCAGUGUAUACAGCUACUGGAAAAAACUGUU